AUGGCACAAAACACACCUGUCGAAUGCACGGGUGUUCGCCCCGUGAACACGACCACCGCCGACCCUAUCGGGACCUUAGUGCCACCUCUUCUCCGCCUACCUCGCGAACUCCGCGACCUUAUCUAUGAGGAGUAUGUUCGCGUGGACGGAGGAUACAUCUACAACCCUGAAACAAACAAACUUGCGAACGCAGAUGGUUCCUCAAUAGAUUUGUCGUUAGGCCUCGUCUGUCGACAGCUCGCGACAGAAUUCCAGGGCCUUGCUUUGAAGGUGAAUACUCUCACGUUCGAGACAUGCUUUUCAGAGGCUUCACGAGAAGACGCAGGAAUGUACCACACCAUGAUUAAGCAGAUUGCGUGGCGUAAGACGGAGGUGGUGAAGACGUUCGCUCCGCAACUCUUUACACCCAUCAUGGCCAAAGCGGUGGCGGAUAUCUAUCCACGCCUCUCGCCACUUGUGGAGGGCUGGAGUACAAGAUCUGAACCUGAACUAGAGGUCUUGGCGACACAGGAGAAAUACUGCGGCGAGGCUCCUUCGAUUUGGCGCGACUGUAUCAAUACUGUCCUGAGUCAGAUCUCAGAACAUCCGGACUUCGAUGUGACCGUACAGGAGGAAGGCAAGGCCAGUCGACGGUAUUGGAUCCCGGACAAUGCUGACCGAAUGUCCAAACUCGUCGACGUAAAUCCAGCACCCUGGCAUAUACCCAACAGAAAGGAACGCGAUCAGCUAGCAAUUGUCACCGGGGUUGAACCAGAAUAUCCGUGGUACAAACAACGAACGAAGUACACCUAUUCCGCAGCUUCGUUAGCGCUUCAAUUUCUCAGGUCACUUCCUGACUCAGCGCUUAUGGCUAUUCGUAACAUCAUUCUGGCGGAGAAUCAUGAAACUGUGACACACCCGGAGUGCCACGGUCGAGGCUUUGUCGAGAUAUGUCGGCAAUACCCCAAAAUCCGCAUUCAACGCUUCGCCAGUAUAUGGAUGACGGAAGUACUGGUUUUACCCCUCCUCGGGAUGCCGCCGGGCUGCUUCACACUAAUCCUUGACGGCAAUCCCACACCUGAUUACAUGACCCAAAUCUUCAAAGUCGUGCAGCGAGACGUGGCUUUCCAGGCAGCACUCGACAUCGCAUACGCUACUGGCUCCUUGCCGUCACCGACAUGGAUUGAUCGGAGGCUUCGUACUGGAUACACAUUCGACGUUCUGCCGGGCUUCAUCCAAACGCUCUCGACAGACAGCCCGCUCGUACGCUGCAACUUUGAUCCCGGCCAACCUCACGACGCCAACAAACUCCUGGACGAACACCGGGGGUGGACACUUCAGGACUGGGAAAAGUCGUGGGACACGCAUUCCCCACGCAGGUUCCAAACUGAGGCUCCGCUACCUCCAUGGCAUGAGUUGCGAUGGCAGUAUGUGAUAGUAUAA